GGGAGAGGCUCUGCAGCAAUGAAGCCCGCCGGGCAGAGCCUUCAGUACCGCAGGUCCCAAACUACAGGCUGUCAAUGACGAUCCCAGACUGGCUCCAGGCGAUCCAGAAUUACAUGAAGACACUGCAAUACAAUCACACAGGGACCCAGUUCUUUGAAAUCAGGAAAAUGAGACCGCUGAGUGGGUUAAUGGAAACAGCAAAAGAAAUGACGCGAGAGUCUUUGCCUAUCAAAUGCCUUGAAGCCGUCAUCCUGGGCAUAUACUUAACCAAUGGGCAGCCUUCCAUUGAGCGAUUCCCCAUCAGCUUUAAAACCUACUUCUCAGGAAACUACUUUCACCACGUUGUGCUGGGGAUUUAUUGCAAUGGUCGCUACGGUUCCCUGGGCAUGAGCCGGAGGACUGAGCUGAUGGACAAGCCAUUGGCCUUUCGGACUCUGAGUGACCUCAUCUUUGACUUUGAAGACUCCUACAAGAAAUACCUACACACAGUUAAGAAGGUCAAGAUUGGUCUCUACGUCCCCCACGAGCCUCAUAGCUUUCAGCCCAUUGAAUGGAAGCAGCUGGUUCUUAAUGUCUCCAAGAUGUUGAGAGCUGACAUAAGGAAGGAGCUAGAGAAAUAUGCCAGGGACAUGAGGAUGAAGAUCCUGAAACCUGCAAGUGCCCACUCUCCUACCCAGUUGAGAAGCCGGGGAAAGUCCUUGUCCCCCCGCAGGAGACAGGCGAGCCCUCAGAGGCGGCUCGGCAGACGAGACAAAUCGCCUGCACUGCCUGAAAAGAAGGUAGCGGAUCUGAGCACUCUGAACGAAGUGGGCUAUCAAAUUCGAAUUUAGCUCAGCCCUAACAGCCGGGAGGAGAGCUGCCGAGGUGCUUUUCUCUGCACUUUACCCAGUGUCUUCAGGCGGAACUGCAACUAUUAGGAAAAUGUAUGGAUUCCUUUUUUCUGGAUUCACCUGAAAAUAGAACCAGAGUUGACGGUAACAAUUAACCUAAAAAAAAAAAUCAUGAAGGGGCAACCAUGAAAAUACUAAAGUAGCAAACCCCACCGGGGUUGGACUGUCUCCUUCUGAGUCAAGGGAUACAAACCACAACUGUAGUUUUGUAUUUCCCCAUUUACUUUAUUUCUUUCCUUUGCUUUGAACAUUAUGCUUCGCCA